AUGAGUGAUAAACAACUCCAACAAGAAUUACAAGAGGAAUAUACUAAAUAUCUUAGAGAUGAUUACAACAGGACUCAUGCAACUAAGAAAAACUUAACUGAAGUUGAAGAACAUAAGUUAAAAAGAAAAGAAGUUGAAACAGAUUGGAAUGAUGAUGAUUUUGAAGGAGAAGAACGUGAGGAUGAACUAACUGAAGAAGGGGCAAUAGAACCUUUUAAUCUUGAUAGAGAACGAGAAGAAGGUAAUUUUGAUCGUGAUGGUAAUUAUACAAAGUUUAAACGUGAGGAUGGAGAAAAAGAUAAUUGGAUAGAGAUGGUGGAAAACGAAAGUAAAAGUAUAAAAAAUGAAAAAAAGUAUAAAGAAAUAAAACUAAAAGAAGUUGAACGAGUUAGAAAAGAAGAAGAACGUUGCAGUAAUGUUGAACAAAACAAAGUUCAAAUAUAUCAACAAAUUAUUUCUCUAUUACUUCCUAAUGAAAAUUCAAAAAAGGCUAUUUGCAGGUUAAAGAAAGAAAAAAAAUUGGUUGAAAUGAAUCAGUUAAUUGAUGCUUGUGGUAAUCUUGUGGAUAUUGGUGAUUAUCUAAUUUAUGAGAAAACCAAAGAACAACUUCAGCCAUAUGUUACUUUACAUUAA